AUGGUCCACCUAACCAUCCCACUGUGGAAUGACAGCAACCCUGGCGAUGCGCCCGUCGCGGCGGGCGCGAGGUUCGUAUAUGGCAAGGUCGGCGAGAUCGCACGCGACAUCGGCGCAAUCACUUUCACCACGCGUCUUACCAAAUGCAACGCGGAGAUAGACCGUCUAGAGCGGAACGGUUUUGUUCUCUCCCCGAGCAGACGCUGUGAUCGCUCGGCGUUUCCACCAUUAGACGGCGUCCGGGAUGAUACUCUAAAUUUCAAUGAUGUGACCGUA